CCCUGGCGUUAAGUCGAAAACGCUCUGUUAUUUAGCGGCGCCCCGCUGCUUCCAGGCUCUCUGUCAGCACCACUGACUGAUCCGGGAACAGCAGCGGCAGCAGCAGCAGCAGCUCUUCCUCCCCUUUCUCUCUCUCUCUCGCCCCUCAGCACCGCUUAGCCGUGGUGCGCCCCAGACGCGCUCUCUCCAGUUCAGGAUGGACUCGUCUCCGUCUCCUUCUCUUCACCUUUACCACCGACUGUGACGCUGCUGUAGUUUAGUGGGAGUUCCUGGGGGAGGGAGCAGGAACUGAUCUUCUGUCCGCUGUUUCGCCUUUUCCCCUGCCGGGUUCUCUGUUUUAUAUUAAUUUAUUUUCCGAUUAAACUGCUAGUGCACACUUCUCUCCGGGCUGCAGUUCCGAAAUGGGAAUGUUCUUGCAUCUGCUGCUUUUGCAGUACUAUUUCGUCUCGAGUUUUGUCUUCAGCGCCGUCGCUUUUGUGGAGGAGCCCUCCGGGGGCAGGUCGGACGGGUACUGCGGGCGGAUCCUCCGGGCGCAGACCCACGGGACCCGGAGAGAUGGGCACCACGAGUUCAGGCUGCGAAUGGAGGGCGACCCGGAAACCUACAAGCCCGGCAACACGUACAGAGUGAUCCUCCUGGCCACCAGCCCCGCGUAUUUCAGAGGCUUCACUCUCAUCGCGCUGAAGGAGGGCAGGGAGGGCACCACCGACGACGACUACACCGGCCAGUUCCAGAUCACAGAUGAAGUGGAUACGCAGUUCAUGACCAACUGCCCCCCCGCAGUGACGGAGAGCACGCCUCGCAGACGUACAAGGAUACAGGUCUUAUGGACAGCGCCACCCUCCGGGACCGGCUGUGUUAUACUGAAGGCCAGCAUUGUCCAGAAGAGAAUCAUCUAUUUCCAGGAUGAAGGCUCUCUCACCAUUCGAUUGUGUGAGAAAGAGCACGUGCCCGGUGAAGCCACUGAAGUUCCUGCCAUUGAGUGUUGCGCCUGUGGAACUGCCAAGUACAGACUCACCUUCUAUGGAAACUGGUCGGAGAAAGUGCAUCCUAAAGACUAUCCCAGACGCGCCAACCACUGGUCCGCGCUGAUUGGUGCGUCCCACUCCAGAGACUACGUGCUGUGGGAGUAUGGAGGCUACGCCAGCGAGGGAGUUCGGCAGGUCGCUGAGCUCGGCUCCCCUAUUAAGAUGGAGGAGGAGAUUCGACAGAAGGGAGACGAAGUACUGACUGUCAUUAAAACGAAGGCUCAGUGGCCGGCGUGGCAGCCACUCAACCUGCGAGCAGCUCCGUCAGCUGAGUUUUCUGUGGACAGGACCCGUCACCUCAUGUCCUUCCUCACCAUGCUUGGGCCCAGUCCGGACUGGAACGUGGGGCUGUCAGGAGAGGACCUCUGCACCAAGGAGUGUGGCUGGGUGCAGAGGCUGGUCACAGACCUCAUACCGUGGGAUGCGGGCACUGACAGUGGCGUCACGUAUGAAUCACCAAACAAGCCCACUAUCCCUCAGGAGAAGAUCCGACCCUUGACCAGUCUGGAUCACCCUCAGAGCCCAUUCUACGACCCAGACGGUGGGGCCAUCGCCCCUCUGGCCAGAUUGGUGGUGGAACGGAUUGCUAGAAAGGGAGAGCAGUGCAACGUGGUGCCAGACACCAUAGAUGACAUAGUAGCUGAUAUUGGACAGGAGGAGAAGAAGGAAGAUGACACUCCAGAGAUGUGCAUCUACUCGGGCUGGUCUCCCUGGUCGGCGUGCAGCAGCGCCACGUGUGAAAAGGGACGCCGGAUGAGGCAGAGGAUGCUGAAGGCGCAGCUGGACCUGAGCGUGCCGUGCCCGCACACUCAGGACUUCCAGCCCUGCAUGGGCCCGGGAUGCAGUCUGGAGGAGCCGUCAACAUGCAUGAUGUCGGAGUGGAUCAGCUGGUCGGCCUGCAGCGUGUCCUGCGGGAUGGGGAUGAGGUCCAGGGAGAGAUACGUGAAGCAGUAUCCCGAGGACGGCUCGCUCUGCCAGCUCAACACCGAGGAGACCGAGAAGUGUGUCGUCAAUGACGAAUGCUCGGCCAGCACCUGCGUGGUGACCGAGUGGGCCGAGUGGGACCCCUGCAGCGUCACCUGUGGGAUGGGCAUGAGGAGACGUGAGCGCAUGGUGAAGAUGCCCCCCAUAGAUGGGUCCAUGUGUAAAACGGAGGUAGCGGAAGUGGAGAAAUGCAUGAUGCCAGAAUGCCACGCCCUCCUCUGCAUGCUGACGCCCUGGUCGGACUGGAGUGAGUGUAGCGUGACGUGCGGGCAGGGCAUGCGAACCCGCCAGAGGAUGCUGAAGUCUGAUCCUGCAGAGUGCACCGACGAGCUGGAGCAGACGGAGAAGUGCAUGCUGCCAGAGUGCCCCGUCGACUGCAUGCUCUCAGAGUGGUCGCCGUGGUCGGAGUGCAACAAGACCUGCGGUAAAGGACACACCAUUCGGACCCGUAUGAUCAAGCUGGAGCCUCAGCUCGGGGGCGCCCCCUGUCCCGAGACCAUCCAGAGGAAGAAGUGCAAGAUCAGGAAGUGCGGGGGGAGACCGGGAAGAGACGCGGCGGUGGAGCGAGUGAAAGGCUGCAAGAUGCAGCCGUGGUCCAGCUGGACCGAGUGCAGCACCAAGUGCGGAGGAGGGACCCAGGAGCGCUACAUGGUUGUGAAGAAGAGAGAGAAGGGAAAGAGGUGUAAGGACCGGCGGGAGAUCCGUGCCUGUAACACUCAUGUCUGCUAGGGGGCACUACUGAGCUACAGAGAGAGGCAGGCGAGGAGGAACUUUUUCCGUUGGUGUGAAAGGGAGGAGAUGAUGGGUUAGAGAAACGUAGGGAGGAAGGAGGAUGAGGAUGAGGAUGAUGAUGUGCUGUUUAGUGAAGCCAUUGUAGACAUUUAGUUAACAGGGCUUUUAUUUUAGACCACAAUGGAAGUAUUAGAUAUUAAUUCUGUGUCCUGCAAAAAAAAACAAAAAAACAAUAAUUUGCAUAAAUUGUCCCACUGGUGAAUCAAAUAUGGUUUCACACCUAAAAAUCAGAACCCUAUUUAAAAAAAAAAAAAAAAAAAUUCAACAAUCCAACAAAUUUACUUAAAUAAAUCAAUCUAUUUCAGGUGUAAAAUGUUUGUCUUUUUCGCAUAGACUUUAUCAAAAUGAUCAGUACUGUUCUUAGUCUGUAUGGUAAAUAUGAAGCUAGCAAACUUAUGACUCAGUUCCUUCUAAACUCCGACUCAUUGUUCUUCAAACAUAUGUUUGUUGACAUUUGCCUUGAUUUAUGCAUUUAUUUUGUAACUCCACUCAGCUACACACUCGGCUAGUCGUUUCCUCUUACCCUUUGUCCUACAUGUCUACAGACGCCUGUUCAAGUUUUGUGACGUAAAAGAAGAUCAAAAAUAAAUCAUAUGAGAACUUUUUGAGAGCAUUGAUUAUAAAUAUUACAACUUGUGCAGUGCUGCUGCACCAUGUCCACCUUUUAAUAAUUGGCUAUGUAGUUAUGUAUUUAAAUUCAAGCUAGUUUACACCUGCCUUUGCCUGAAGUUUUUGGAGGAUUUCUUCAGAUAUUUUCUCGGUUGAAUGUUACCAGAGGGGUCACAGGCUAUAAAGAGUGUCAGUGGGGCAUUAGAUGCACCAUGGAAGGGGUGAAGACAGCCAUCAACUACGGUAACACGGACACCCUUUCAAAAUAAAGGAGAGGACACAUCACAACAAUCUGAUGAUUCAACAGCAGCGUUCACGCUUUUUAUACCAAGCGGACGUUGAACUGAUCCACCCCUGAGCAUGAGAAAAUUCAUUGGGAAGAAGGUGCAGUGAAAUUGGGGCGACACAAUAAAGCUUCAUUGGUACCAAGGAGCUGUGAAAAUGAGUCAGGUGACUCAAGUUUCAUAUUCAACAUACAGUCUUUGCACUAAACUCCCAACAGGAUGGUGUUGAAGACGAAUGACGUUAACACACACACACACAAGUAAAAUGAUAAAAUAAUUUACAUUAAGAUAAAUAUUCACUUAUUUCUUGAUAUUUCCAGAAUCCUGUUGAAAAAUCCUAUGGAGGAAAUAAAUAAAUAAAUAUAUAUAAUUAAAUAUUAAUUUAAUUUAGAGUGAUUUUUUUUUUUUUUUUUUUGCAGGACACAGAUGUUAGCACAGGAAGUUUCUGCAGACUUAUGGAUGUACUGUACAUCUACUAUCUAACCAACCCGUAUACAUGACACUACUAUGUAAUUACUAAAAAAAAAACAAAAAACACUUUCCCUAAUAAACAGAUACAUUUAAACGGAGAUGUUUUAUACUGUUGAGACUAGUCUUUAUAUACUGUACUGCUGUUUAUCUGUCGUUUCAGCUGAUGUAGCAUUUAAACUAGCUCUCCCUGUCAGAAAACUUUAUUUCAGCAUGUGUGAAGAUGAUUCUGUUCGGUUCAGACCAUAGACUGUGUAAAUAUGGACGACAUGUCCCCACUUCUUUGUUUUGGCCAAACUGACGCAGGGGAUACGGACAGCGCCAUCUUGUGAGACACCAGAGUCACACUUUGUUUAAUUAAUGUUCUGCUCUGCUCUACCUGCACCAGUUACAAGGAAAUGUUGGAUUAAACACUGUACUUAUUAUUAUUAUUAUUUUUUUAAAUGGUAGUCACCAUUAUGUCCCAUCCUGUUUCUAUAGCAUCAAAUAACUAAUACAAAAACGUGACACUUGAACCUGCAUCAAUCUUAUAUUAACUACCUAAAAUGACUGAAACCAUCCUUGAAAAAAAAAAAUUGUGUCGUGUAUUUUAGUGUUUUAGUUUGGCCCAAGUCCCAUCUGCUAACAUGGAGGGGGUGGAGCUUAUGACCUAUACUGCGGCAAGUCACCAGGGGGAGCUCUGCUUGCUUUGGCUUCACUUUUGAGGAGCUGUUCGUCCAUCUUUACACAGUCUAUGGUUCAGACUUUAUGCUUUAUCAGCCUUAGACGUCGUCUUCAAACACAGAUAGCUAAAGGACGGCGUCUGCCUUCGUCGGCUCCUGAAAACACAAAACAGACAGAGCCUUCAAAGCGUCACCAGUGGAUACAAAGGUUUUUACAGUAUGAGAACCUGUAGGACAGCCCGGCACACAGUAGACUGUUACGGCACACUUAAUUCCCAUUUUUGUGUGUGUUGCCAUGAUGAGGGUGAUCAGUAAAAUCUUUUUUUUUUUCUUAACCUUACUUAGCAGAUUACGUUGCAGUUAGGUUUUUUUUUAGUUUUAAUCAGAAUGUCUUCACACCAAAGUUGUGUUUCCUGUUGAUGUAUUUUUCUUUACUGGCGUCUUUCUCUGUUUUCCUUUCCUCUGUAUCACGUGACUAUUUUGUAAGAAACCACCUUUACAAUAAAAAAAUGUAAAUGUGAAAAUCG